AUGCUCGCUCCCUCGGUCUGCUGCGCCAGUCUCUCCCUUCCGUCGGCGCUGACGCUCUCCUCGGCCUUCACGCGUGACGCCGUCGCCCUCGGCCUCCCUGAGUGCCUGCAGCUGCUGUCAGACCGAGCUCAGACGGCGCCGGGACGCGCCUUGUGCCUGACGCCGCGCCUGCACGAAACGGCGGCCGAGUGCCGCGACGCCUACAGCGCCGUCUCCGAAGCCUUUGCCGUGGAGUCUUCGCCGCCGUUUCCUCACGAGCUGGCGAUCGAGGACAGCCUGGUCGCAGUGUCCGCGGGCGCGACGCUGGGUCCGCAGGACCUGCUCGAGAUAGGCCAGGCGGUGGCAGCCCUCCACACCACAGCCUGCUGGGCGGAGCCGCAUCGGUGGGAGCGCACACCGCAGCUAGCCGCGCUCGCGAUCAACGCCUCGCCGCCGCCGCGGCUGCUCAAGGCCUUUGGUGACGCGUUCGACCGCACGAGCACCGGCGAGGCGUUCCCGCGGCUGGCGAGGCGGCGGGUGGCCGCGCAGAGCGCUGCUCGCUCGACGGCGGACAAAAUGCGCUCGCUGCUGACCGAGCCAGACUUUGUCGCCGGGCUGGCGGAGGACCGACCGCCGCCGCGGCAGCGCGACGGCCGGUGGGUGGUGCCGGUGGCGGUCGGCAGCGGCCAGGGGCGCGUCGGGGAGGAGGUGGCGCGGUCGCGCUCGGGCGCGACGGCAUUCGUCGAGCCGCACCGGGUGCGCGCGCUCAGCGCCCUCGUCGCCGCGCACCGCGCGUCGCUCGAGGAGUCGCUGGCGGCGGCGGGCGAGCUCGACGCGGUGUUUGCGCGUGCGGCGCUUGGCGCGGCAUGGGGGGCGCGCGUGCCGGCGGUGGGCGGCAAGUCUGUCGCCCUGAAGACGGUGGGGCUAGCUGCGCUGCUCGUGUCGUCGCCGCGCGUCGACUUCUUCUCUGCCGUGGUGAGCGACUUGGCGGAGGCGCAAGACGUGUCGGCGGGCACGUCGUCGUACUCUGCGCACGUGCGCAGCUGCGCGCGCGCCCUCGAGGCGGCGGGCGCGAGCACCGAGCCGGCCGAGGGCGCGGCGGUGGCUCAAGCGGUUAUCGAGGAGCUGCUGGCGCGGGGCGCGCGGCUCGUCGCGACGACGCACGCGUCGCCGCUCAAGCUGCUCGCGCUGCGCGAUACGCGGCUGCAGGUCGGCUGCGGCGCCGAACCGCUCGAGCUGCUCGGCCAGACGCUCGACGCGCUCUCGCUCCUCGAGAUCGACGCAGCAGAGGCGCGCGCGAAGGCGCUGGGCAGGCUCGGGCUGCGCGCGCUGGACGGCCGCCCGUUGCGCGCCGGCGAGAGCCUCGCGGAGGUGGCGGAGGAUGCGCCCGAGGGCUCCGCCGACGCGCAGAUGUCCAUCGUCGGCGGGCCGCCUGUGCGGGUUCCGCGCGCCGAGCUGGCCGAAUGGGCCGCCGUCGACGCGGCCACUAGCCUCGACAGCGGCAGCUUCUCGGCCGACGGCUGGGACUGGAUGGGCGCGGUGGCGCCGACGGCGGAGCAGAGUCGGUCCAGCGGCGGCGGCAAGCGCCAACGGAGGCGGUAAGUAGAGAGCCCACGCGACUGAGACCAGCAUCCCUUUUGUGUAGUUUUCUACUUUACUCACAGAUAUAGCAUC